AUGCUGCCAGCCGACUGCUCGCGCCGACUGGUGGCCGAGUUGCAGGGCGCGCUGGACGCCUGCGCCGAGCGACAGCGGCAGCUGGACCGGAGCCUGCGCGUCUGCCGGCGGCUGCUGAGACCUUGGGAACCAGCUGGGUCCCCAGCAGCAGAGCCAACCCCGGGGCCGGAAUCAAAGGAAGAGACCCCGCCCCCUGCGUGCACGCCCAGCCCCCAGGAGCUCAAGGAGCUGGAGCUCCUGACCCAGGCUCUGGAGAAGGCGGUGCGGGUGCGGAAAGGCACCCCUGGGGCUGGACGGGGAGACAAGGCCCCCGGCCGGAAACCCAGGCCCGCGGCCACCGCUGCUGCCCCCGCCACCUCGGCCCCACCCCGGGCCCCAGGUCGGGCUGGCAGCCGUGCAUCAGAGACCAGACCCCCCAGGGGCCUACCCCAGCCCAAGGGCCCCCCAGAGUGCAGGCUGCUGUCCGCCGGGGGCAGGACCCCUCUGCAGAGAGGAGCCCGAGUCACCAGGCCCAGCCUUGGGGGCCAACAGGCGACCCCCUCAGCAGCUCCUGGGACCCCCGAAACCUUCACGCUCCGGGACAAGGGGACCCUGCUGCGGCUGCCCCUGGCCUUCCGGAAGGUGGCUUCUCAGAACUCCCGCCUGUGGGCCCAGAUCAACUCCACACAGACCAGUGACCCUGCCAGCACCGCGGCCAGAGCCCGAUUCCUGCAGAAGAUGCAGGCAGCAUCAGGCCAGCCCAGGGGGCGGCUCGGCACGGCCGCGGGGCGGACGGAGCUGGGGCGCCUGCGGCAGGCCUGCUCACUGCUGCGGCUGCGCAUGAGGAACGAGCUGGAGGCAGCACCCGCUGACCCGGUGCAGGCGUACCGCAGUCUGCUCACUCUGGAGGGGCUGCAGGCCAUGGUGGGGCGCUGUCUGCACCGCCUGCAGGAGCUGCGCGAAGUGGCAGCAGAACAGCAGCUGCAGCUGUGGCCCUUGGGGCUGCCCCCGAGAACCUCGGCCCCCUGCAGAGGAGCCCCAGAUGCCGGCCGCAGCCCCCCGCUGCUACUCUACCCCAGCUCCCGGGAGCUGCAGACCCUGGUAGCCCUCAGGCUGCGAGUGGCCAUGCUGGACGAGCAGCUGCACCUGGAGAAGGUCCUGAUGACCGAGCUCCUCCCCGUGGUGAAUGCCCAGGGGCCCACCUGUCUGCCCCUGUGCCGCGCCGUGUACAGCCUGCUGUGUGAGGGCGGUGAGCACUUCCCCAUCGUCCUGCAGGAUGAGCCUGCAGACUGA